AUGACGGUUCCUCAGCCACCGUCGUCGUCGUUUUCGUCACUACCAGACGAAAUCACAGAGAACAUUCUUGCACGUGUCUCGAGAUGGAAUUAUCCGUGGCUCUCUCUCGUCUCCAAGAGAUUCCGCUCUCUCUUGUCUUCCAAGGAACUCUACAAGACGCGUUCUCAAAUCGGAGCCAACGAAAUCUAUAUCUACGUAGAUCAGUUUUCCAAUGACAAGUUUGAUCCGAGAUGGUUUAGUCUUUGGCCAAAUCGUGAUCAAACCAAACGAGGAAGAAAGAUUAAGUUUAAGCAGAACUCUAGUGGAAAUCUUGUUGUUCCAAUACCUUGUUCUUGCUCUUCUUCUUCUUCUUCUUCUUUCCAUUCUCCUCACAUUCAAAGAGAUUCCAUGGUAGCGGUUGGUUCGGAAAUUUACCUAAUCGGUGGAUCCUACAACAGGCAGCCUACUUCCUCUAUUCGGAUAUUUGAUUGUCGGAGUCACACUUGGCGUGACGCGCCUAACAUGACGGUGCCUCGGAGAGAUGCGGCUGCUGUUUUCCUCGACGAGAAGAUAUAUGUGAUUGGAGGAGGUUGCGACAAGAACUCUGCCAAUGGGUUUGAAGUGUUUGACAUAAAGACUCAGUCUUGGACAGCCUUGCGGAUUCCUGAUGAUGAGGUACGCAAUGAGUUAUAUGUGUAUAGUAGAGCCAUUGUGGUCCAAGGAAAGCUUUAUGUAAUGGCAGGUACAAGGGACUACACGUACGAGCCGAAAGAAGCUAAGUGGGAAGUUGCAAGAGAGGAAUCUAGUAUCGAUUCGGUAGACGAUUCUUGGUGUGUGAUAGAGAAUGUAAUGUACUGUGUCGAUAACCAAGGAUAUUGCCGUUGGUAUGACUCAGAGGAUAGGGUGUGGAAAGUGAUAAAGGGUUUGGAACAAUUGCGUGAGCAUCGUACAAGGGGUUUAAGAGCUUGUAGUAGUGAGACUGAGAUAGCUAACUAUGGUGGGAAACUUUUAGUUAUUUGGCAUCCCAAUCAUGCUUGGUUUAAAAAAAUCAAAAUUUGGUACGCCAAGAUUUCUUUAGAAACAAGAUGCAAUGGAAGAGAGGUUUGGGGUGAAGUUGAAUGGGUUGAUGCUUUGCUUACAAUCCCUCGCAAUAACUAUGGAUUCUUACGUUGUUUCACUGUUUCGGUUUGA